UUGACGGGGCCAUUGCAGGUGGCCACAGGGGAAAAACGCCACUGCACCUACGGUAGGAGGAAAUGAGGACGUCAGUCACAUGGCAGUAGUGGACCCUCUGGAGUCCGUGACCGGUUCAGUGUGGCGUUGCCUCGGGUGUAAAUGCUAGCCAGAAGGCUUACGACAGUCCUUUCACGUCCGAAGGGAGCCGCCAUUGCGGAACCGCAGCUCGGACGUCACUUGCGGAGGGAGCUUAUAAGGUGCAGCCACCAUGUCGUUCACCGCCAGGAAGAAGAUUCAGAAGGAGAACAAUCAAGAGCCCGAUGAAUUCGAGGAGUCUGUGGCGCAGGCUCUCUUCGAUCUGGAGGCCACGAACCAGGAGCUGAAGAGUGACCUCCGCGAUCUCUUCAUCAACUCUGCCAAGGAGAUCGACGUUUCGAAGAACCGGAAAGCAAUCAUUGUCCAUGUGCCCUAUCGGCUGCGCAAGGCCUUCCAGAAGAUUCAUGCGCGCCUUGUGCGCGAAUUGGAGAAGAAAUUCAGUGGAAAGGAUGUAGUCAUUGUGGCGACCAGAAGGAUCAUGAGGCCGCCGAAGAGGGGUAUCUCGGUUGCGAGGCCGAGGAACAGAACCUUGACUGCAGUCCAUGAGGCGAUCUUGGACGACCUUGUCUACCCUACGGAGAUUGUCGGCAAGCGUAUCCGAUUCCGUCUUGAUGGGUCAAAGAUCAUGAAGGUGUACUUGGACCCCAAGGAGAGAAACAGCACCGAGUACAAGUUGGAGACCUUUGGUGGAGUGUACAAGAAGCUGACUGGGAAGGAAGUCACAUUCGAGUUCCCUGUUCAGGAAGCAACGGCGUAGACGGUGUAGAUGAACGUGUUCGGGGCUCUCUUUUCUUGGCGUUUUUUCCCUUGUUUUUGGUUCUCUGCACUGUCUGUAGCUACGCCUCAGGAAACAGAGAUGUUUUGUUCUCCGCGGGCAGGUGUCGUGAGAGGAAGAAUGGGUCGGCUUGAUUUGCUCAAAUUUUGAUUUCGGGACUAGAAAUAUCUUGAGUCACACUUGAUGCUUCGCAUCUACAAGAAGUUUGCAGUGGUGGCGUGACGACGACUUGUUCAAAUUUGUGUUUUUCUGUCUUGUGUCGUUUGGCAUCUUUGACGAGGGGAAACACGAUCAGUAAUCAAUCUAUAACAGCAUGGUUUUGUGCGAAUGAACGGAUGGCCGUAUGUAGAGAAUGAAUAGCUGAAAGGAAGGAUGGCCUUCGUCUAUGGGUGAAUGAAAGGUGGAAUAUUGAAAAAUAAAAGCGCACAAAUACACAUGCAGAAAGGGCAUCUCACCAAAUUGCGAACUCCAAACGGGAUGGCGUCCUCACACUACACAUCGGUGAAGUAAUGCAAACUAAGGGCCAGAUCCCACUCGCAAAGGGGAUUGGAAUCUGGACGUGUUCCACACAGAUGCAGAAAAGCAGUUCAUACACAAUUUUUUGCACCUUUCCCCUAAGACGUCCAGAUUCCGAAAGCUUAUUCCAAUCCAUUCCGAACAUGACGGCGUCUCACCCUCAGAUCAGUGUGACUGAAUGUGGAUGGAGGGUCGUAAUGUGAAAAGACAUUUCCUUUUCUGUUCCUUUUAUACCUCCCCUGUUUUUCUUUUUUUUUUUAGGAGUGCUGACUCGGAUGAGAGCAGCCACCGCUAACACAUGCUCGUGGAGGCUCAGUCUAUUGCUAUUGGUGGGGAGCAUCAUCUGCCGGAAACCGGGUCCAUCGUCCCUUAGAUACAUCAUGAUUGGUUGUUUGUACUGACAAACUGACAAUGGUAUCUACUGGGUACGCGCGUUUGUAUGGAUAUGAUGAUGGUCUUUGUAGUUGUUAGGUACGCAAACAAUGUUAUGGGGUAAUGCGCAAAAUGGCGUUGAACAAAAGUUGGUGUCGACUAAGGAUAUGAUGGUAUGUAGUUGUUAGCAUGUCCCAGCAGGCCAGGGGCACAAACACGAAAAUUGGACGAAUAGUACACAAAAUUCCUAACCCUUACGUUGUAAAUGGAGUGAAAUCGGUCGGCAGCCAAAAAAUUUUCCGAGCUUUAUGUUGAAGAGUCGAGGGAACUGUGUCUCGGGUUCUGUGGGGAAAGGAAAUCGUAGCUCGAUGGUUAUUAUGAUGCAUGCAAUCAAUCACACUGCAGAUUGCGAUCAUCCCCCAGAAAUGCAAAAACCGGGGACCACAGACACCAGCACAUCAUGUGUCCGUUCAUUAGAAAGGCAAAAGAGUGCUUAACCUCGUCAAGAAACUCUUCGAGCGCAUCAGCAAUCACACUCGUUAUGUUUUUGGUUUUCCAACGAGAACCACCAUUCCAUUCCUGGGCCCCAUUCAACCGGGGGGGACCUGUUUAAACUACAGUGUCGCGUGUGGGUGGGAAAAUGGGUGCAGUGUACAGUAGAUUUUUACACAAUUCGUCAUGUUGAGCUAUUCUAUCACCGGGACAGUCGUCAUGGUACUACAACCUUUAAAAUGUUGUUAUUCCUACUUUUUCGGGGCAAACCGUUAAAAUUCAAAUGAUAUAUAAGAUUAGCAUGGCACUUGUGCGAGGAUGACACGUGCGAAAACCGAGAACGUGUAUUCUUUUGUGGAUUCUUGAGACUCGCCGGGAGCUAACAUUUUGAGGGCGCGAGGGUCCUCUUUGUUAUCAUCUCGUUGUGGCUCUCGCCGUCUAACGUAAGCGAACAUCG